CGGGGAGAACCAAAACAUGGCCGGUAAUGCAGUGCCAGGCUUCACCUGCCGUGCUAAUGGAGAGGACAGCCCGUGGCAGGCGUGCAGUUCUGGUGGUUCACGUCGGAACCAGUUGGAUUCGGAAACCGACGGUGUCCCGACGUCGAAGAGCUCAGCUCGGCUGUGCAGCCGGGACAGAGAGGAGCGAACCACGGCUCUGGAGGAGCUGAGCCAGAAGGUUCUGGUGUGUUUAGGAUUAGACCGGCCCGGUUCGGCACGGCUGAGCAAACAAAUGCUUCUACAUCUGCUUCUGCUCUCCAGAUCGUGUCCGCUGCAGGAGGUUCGGGUGAGGGCGAGCGAGCUGCUGCGGACCGCACAGGGCCAAGGAGUUGAAGUACCUCGAGCCUUGGCUUCUGGUCCAAGUGCCUUUAUCCCUGCUAAAGAGAUCCUGAAAGACGGGCCGAAUCAGGACAUCCUCAUUGAGUCUUUUGUCUCUCUCGGUCGUGUGGACCAUCUCACCAUGGUCCUGGCCCUCCACCCGGCCUACCUCAGCUGUUUCCUGAGGACCCAGCAAGCUUUGUUGGAGCUGGACGGCCCCUUGCCCCGUCACUGGAGACAAUACAUUUCUGUAAUGGCUGCGGCGCGCCACCACUGUGCACACCUGGUGCAGCAGCACAGCGCGGGCUUCCUGGAAGCUGGAGGUGAAGAGAGCUGGCUGAGCAGCUUCGAGCACACUCCCACCAAACUCCGCAGCCUGCAGACGCUCAACAAGCUGCUGGCGCACAGACCGUGGCUCAUUACGCAGCAGCACAUCCAGGAGUUGGUGAGUCCCGGAGCAGAGCCCCGCUGGUCCCUGGCAGAACUGAUCCACGCUGUGAUUCUGAUGGCCCACACCCACUCCCUCUGCUCCUUCGUGUGGGGGUGCGGUUUAAACCCUGAACCCGACCACAUCGGCGGUUACACCUUCCGGCCUCCAUCACCCAAUCACCUCCCACGCAGCCCUCACAGCCCGGCCCCUGAGGAUGGCAGGCAUGAGCUGGUGGACGGAGCGGUGGAGGUGGAGGUGCUGAUGAAGAGAAUGGUGGAGCUGCAGCAGCAGCAGGAGGAGGAGGAGUGCACGCAGGAGGAGAUGGUCACGCGCUUCGAACGGGAGAGGAGCGAGAGCAUACCCACAGCGGUGGUGCGGGGAGCUCCACCCGACCUGGUGCUGCGUCUGGUGGAGGAGCCAGAGUUCAGAUACGAGGACUUUGCCCCCAGAGGAGAGCACUCGCCACCCGUCCUGAGAGCACAGGACUACUCGUGGGAGGACCACGGCUUUUCUCUGGUCAACAGACUUCUUCCAGACAUGGGCCAGCUCCUGGAUGAGAAAUUCCAGGUUGUGAGCAGCUUGACGUACCACAGGAUGGCCAUGCAUGAAGAUGUAGAUACCUACACCCUGAGGAAAGCUCUCUGGAACUACAUCCACUGCCUCUACGGGAUUCGCUACGACGACUACGACUACGGCAGCGUGAACGUGCUGUUGGAGCGCUCCCUGAAGGUUUUCGUCAAAACCAUGGCCUGUCAUCCUGAGCAGACCACAGCUCGUGUUUACCACGCCUUCUGGAGGCACUUCAGACACUCUGAGAAGGUUCACGCUAACCUUAUCGUGAUGGAAGCUCGGCUACAGGCCGCCCUGCUCUACACCCUACGAGCCAUUACGUACUACAUGAGAUGACACGCUGUCGCACGCCUUUUAGCAGAUGUUGAGCCAGCUGUGAUGGACAGUUUUAUCACCACACACUACAGUGAAUCUUUACAAAUGCACAUUCUGUAAUUCAGUGUUAAUAUUCUGAUGCUGCUUGUGCAACUUGGAUGUAUUUAAAAGACUUGUUUUGCACCGUCUUAUCGGGAUUCAUACCCCUGCUGGAGCCUUGAGUCUUGUUCGGAUGAUCUUGCACGUGUUCCUGGCAUAUCGACACG